AUGCGAAGGCCUUGUCGAAAUACGAACAAUGGCCCUGGCCAGCGACCUCGCAAUUGCGAGGAAAUCUAUCGCAAAUGCGAUGGCUUCCCUCUUAGCCAGUCGUCGCAAAUGCGACGCAUUCUUCGCAAUUCCCAACUCGCAGAUGUAAAUAAUGUAGGAAUUAAUGGACUAAUGAUUGAGGGAAAUCUUUCAGUCCUUCCAACGCUAAUAGAACGAGAUGCUGCUCGGGCUUUAGGCAUUACAACUGAGGAGGAUGAAGCUCCAAUCAAGUCAAAUGGAAAACUCAUAGAGACUUCUGAAUUGGCAGAAGAAUGUCUGGUAUCAAAUGAAUGGGCCAUAAAAGCUUUAAGUGACGGGGAAAGACUUAAAACAGAAAAAGUAGAUGAAGUAUUGAUUAAAUAUCUUAUGGACUUGAAGGAGGGUUUAUUAGAAGAAAAGGGUUGGCCCGCUGAUAUGGCAGCUUAUAAAUUCUCAAAAGCUGCCUUGAAUGCAUACACAAGAAUUGUGGCCCAAAAGUAUUCUUCUAUAUGGGUCAAAUGUAUUUGUCCGAGCUAUACGAAAACAGAUAUUACUUUUAAUACUAGGCCUUUGACUCCAGAAGAAGCUGCUGAAAUCCCAGUAAAUUUGGUCCUUUUGCCUGAAGGUGGGCCUACAGGCCAGUUCUUUUUCCGGAAGAAAGUCUUCACCUCAUUCUGA